AUGAGAACAUCGCCACCACUUCCAUCCUCACCUCCACAACAACAACAACAACCCUAUCGCCAGCAACCAUCCUCUGUGGCUCCAAACAGUUCACACAUUGAUCCACAACCAACACACAAUCAUCAAAACAGUACAAACGUAAACAGUCACAACAUGAUGAUGAGUGUAUAUUCUGCCAUGAUGGACGCCUUUCCAAACCAUAAUAAUAAUCAUCCUCACAAUCAAUAUUACAAUCAUAACAACAACUACAUACACAGCACAGCUCCCAUAAUGGAUUCUCAUCCUCAACCAUUUCAUUCUUUUGAUGAAUCCAGUAAUGGAAUGCAAAACUUCCAAAUCGAGACAACCUCGGAAACAAAUCCAAAAAAAAGAAAAAGUGGAGCUGUCACUGGCGACAUGAAGAACAAGAAGAACAAGAAAGACAAUUCUCAAAUCCAUACAACCAGAGUUGUUAUAUUUUGGCACCUUACACCUUACACUUAG